AGAUCAAGUUUUUGAUCUGAUACCUAGUCUAGCUUUGGCCAGAUUGAUGCAAUGGAGCCCUGGGGAUUCACCACUCUCACCAUUGUGGUUUGUGUCUCUUUCUUGGUUAUUUUGUCACUGUGGAGAAAGGAUUAUAAAGGAAGGAAGCUGCCACCUGGGCCAGCUCCUCUCCCCAUCAUUGGGAAUAUGCUACAGCUAGACAAGAAGGAUCUCUCCAAGUCUCUCUGCAAGCUAUCUGAAAAGUAUGGUCCUGUGUAUACUGUGUAUUUUGGGUCUCAGCCAGUAGUGAUUAUUCAUGGCUACAAGGCACUGAAGGAAGCUCUGAUUGAUCAGGGAGACAUUUUUGGAGAAAGGGGAAAAAUUCCAAUAUUUGAUGACAUUUACAAAGGACAUGGAAUUACUUUUGGCCAUGGAGAAAAGUGGAAACAAAUUCGCCGAUUUUCCCUAAUGACUCUGAGGAAUUUUGGUUUGGGGAAAAGGAGCAUUGAGGAACGUAUCCAAGAGGAAGUUCAGUUCCUUUUGGAAGAACUGAGAAAAACAAAUAGUGAACCUUUUGACCCAACCUACAUUUUUGGAUGUGCCCCUUGCAAUGUUAUCAGCUCUAUCCUCUUCCAUGAGCGUUUCAACUAUGACAAUGAGAAAUCCUUAUCUAUGAUGAGGAUAUCAAGUGAAAACUUGAUUCUACUGAACACUCCAAUGGCUCAGGGCACAACUGUGUUCCCAUGUCUUUCCUCUGCCUUGUGUGACCCAAAAGAAUUCCCCAACCCACAUCAGUUUGACCCAGGACACUUCCUGAAUGAGGAUGGAAGUUUUAAGAAGAGUGACUACUUCAUGGCUUUUUCCAUAGGAAAACGAGCCUGUUUAGGAGAGGGCCUGGCCAAAAUGGAAUUGUUUUUAUUCCUGGUCACCAUUCUGCAAAACUUUACCCUCAAGAGUAUCACUGAUCCAAAAGAAAUCAACAUCAAGCCACAUUCUACUGGACUUGUUACUGUUCCUCCAAAGUUCCAGCUCUGCCUUUUACCUCGCUAAGAGAAAGUCACCUUUCAAAUCUACCCUAUUGCUUUCUCACCGAGAUCCCAAUUUUCUUAUCUCUUGAAACUAAUCAACACUAUUGAGAGGAGAUUCAAUAGUUAUUUUCUUUGAACAGUGGCCAAAUCUUAUACAUGUGAAAGAGGAAAGACAUUAGAUUAAAGAACUCCUUGUAUACAUUCAUGUCAGUGGGUAGCAUUAUAGAAUAGCAUGAAGACGCCCUGAGCAUCUAUGGGCUCUAAACCAUAUUUAGGAGAUUUUAGUUCAAAAACAGCUGCUCCAUUUGUUCACAUUGAAGUGCACUGUGUGCCAUAAUCCAUUUUUUUCUUUAAGAAUUAUAUCUUGGAGGUGGCAGCUAGGUGGUGCAGUGGAUAAAAUGCUGGCCCUGGAUUCAGGAGGACCUGCGUUCAAAUCCAGCCUCAGA